AUGACAUCCCCUCUGAAGCUCGCUCCCCACCGCGUUGCAAUCGUCACUGGUGCUGCAAGCGGUCUCGGUAGAAGCAUAGCCCUACGUCUCGCACAAGAUGGGCAUGAUGUAGCGGUCACUGACCUCCCCGGAACACGCGUGCCGGAAGUGGCAGACGAAAUCAAGUCGCUUGGGAGAAGGUCCAUGGUGCUUUUCACAGACUUAACGAAGGAUGAAGAAGUCCAGAAGAUGGUGGACGACGUUGUGAAUGAGCUGGGGAGCGUCGACAUCAUGGUGGCGAAUGCCGGGAUCCAUAUGUCCGGCAACGUCUUGGAUGCGUCUUUCGAAGACUACGAGACAGUCAUGCGCAUCAAUGCCUCCUCCGUCUUUCUGUGCUACAAGUAUGCAGCUCGGAAGAUGGUCGAGCAAGGUCGUGGAGGUCGCAUCAUUGGAGCAUCGUCGCAGUCGGGAAAGGUUGCUGAAAGGACGAGCUUAGCGUAUUGCGCCAGCAAAUUUGCAGUUCGAGGAAUGACCCAGUCGGCCGCUCUAGAAUUGGCUCGUUAUCAUAUAACGGUCAAUGGCUAUGCACCCGGCCCGAUCGAAACGCCCAUGAUGCGCGCCGCUCUCGACAACAAGGUUUGGGAAGAAUCGAGGAUCUUGGCAGGUAUACCUGUGGGGCGACUAGGCGUACCAGACGAGGUGGCAAGUUACGUGUCCUGGCUUGCUUCUGAAGGUGCUGGGUUUGUGACUGGUCAAACGAUGUACAUCAACGGUGGGCAGCACCUUGAUUAG